GUUCUGCUGUUUUCUGAAAACAAGUUAGUCUGCGCAACAGAACGUCUUUGAAAAGUGCUCAACUGUAUCUAACUGCAGUUAAUGCAUUAUUUUAAAGAACAGAAUCUUACAUUUAACCAUUAAAGAGGACAUUUAGUGUCAACAUGAAUCCAAGUCGUCCAUAUAAUUCCUCAGAGCUGAGGAUUCUUCUUUUGGGUCCAAAAAAUGAUGAGAAAAGUUUAGCAGGAAACACUAUCCUGGGCAAAGUGGAGUUUGACUCAAAGCAGACUUUGCCUUGUGUGGAGAAACAAAGUGAAAUCGCUGGAACAAGGAUCACUGUGGUUGAUACUCCAGGCUGGUGGGGAAAUUUACCGUUUGAAGAAAACCCUAAACUGUACAAACAAGAAAUUGUCCUGAGCGUAAAUAGAUGUCGUCCAGGACCUCAUGUCCUGCUCCUGGUUUUAAAUGUGGACACACCAUUUAGACAAAAUGAAAAAGACAUUCUAUGUGAGAAUAUGAGAUAUUUUGGGGAGGAAGUGUGGAGGCACACAAUAGUGUUGUUCACCUGUGAGGAUCAGACAGAAGAUAAAGCCACUCGACUGUUGGAGAAUGAAAACCUUCGGUGGCUUAUUGAGAAAUGUGGAAACAGAUAUCAUGAGCUCAAUAUUAAACACUGGGGUGAUGGAUCUCAGGUCACACAACUGAUUAAGAAAAUAAAGGAAAUGGUGGAAAGCAACAGAGGUGGCUAUUAUGAAAUGAACAGAGAUACUUUACAACAUGUGGAGGAGAAGAGGAGAGAACAGCAGAAGAGAGCAAUAGAAAGAGGGAUCAAACAUCUGCAGCUGAAAGACAAGACAACAACUGAAGAAACUCAAACAGGUUUGGAACAAGUUGAGGAUUAUCACCUCUCAGAGCUGAGGAUUGUGCUGCUGGGAUAUAACAGCUCUGGCAAGAGUUCAGCAGGAAACACCAUCCUGGGCAAAUCUUCAUUUGACUGCAAAAGAUUACGUAGAUCUGUGAUACAAGAAGGAGAUGUUGCAGGAAGACACAUCACUGUGGUGAACACUCCAGGCCGAAAAAGAAACUACCACUCGAAAUAUACUCCCAGACUGUAUAAAGAUGAGAUUGUGUUGAGCCCAUCUCACUGUCCUCCAGGACCUCAUGUCUUUCUGCUGGUCAUACGAGUGGACGUUUCUUUCACUGAAGUCUACAGAAAGGCAGUAGAGGAACACGUGGCUCUUCUGGGUCUCACAAUCUGGGAUCACAUGAUUGUUCUCUUUACUUUUGGCGACUGGUUGAGAGACACGAGCAUUGAGGUAUUCAUCGAGAGUGAAGGAGAAGCUCUUCAGUGGAUAAUAGACCAAUGUGGGAACAGAUAUCAUGUCUUCAACAACAAGAACACAGAUGAUGGUUGUCAAGUGGCAGAGCUGUUUGACAAGAUAGAAGAAAUGGUUGCAGGAAAUGAAGAAUGCUGUUUUAUGAUAAAUGAAACAAAUUUACAAGAAGUGAAAGAAAGGAGGAUUAAAAUAGAGGAAAGAGCAAAACAACUGCAAGAUGAAGUCCAAAAAAGAAAAGAAUUAAGAUCUUCAGUAGCAGAUGCUGCAAAACUUUCUGAAUUGAGGAUGGUGUUGCUUGGACCCCACUAUUCCAGCAUAAGUUUGACAGGAGAAACGCUUUUGGGAAGGCAAGUUUUGGACAAAGAAAUCAAAGUGAAUCUAGAAGAAAUUGGGGAAGUGGCUGGAAGGAAGCUCACUGUGGUUUGUACACCAGGUUUUGAGAAAGAUUACCUCACUGGAGAAAGACUUGAGGAUGCUAAACGUAAUAUCUGUAGAAGUGUAACAGAAAGCUCCUCUGGAGGAACGCAUGCUUUCAUUCUUGUCCAGAGUGUUGACUCUUCUUUUGCAGAAGAAGAGAAAGUUGCACUUGAAGAGAUCAUGGAGCCUCUCGGUGAAAGUGCCUGGAAACACACACUGGUUCUGUUCGCUGUUGGAGAUGAACCAGAAGAAACUCCCAUUGAGGUGUUCAUUGCAAGUGAAGGUGAUGCUUUUCAGUGGCUCGUUAAGAAGUGUGGGAACAGGUAUCAUGUCCUUAACAAUAAGAACUGGGGUGAUGGAUCUCAGGUCACAGAACUCCUGGAGAAGAUUGAGGAGAUGGUGGCAGAAAACAGAGGACGUCAUUUUGAAAUUGACAGAGAGACUUUAGAGAAGAUUGAAAGAACAAUCGCUGUACCUAUUAAAAAAGCACAUAGUUUAGAUGAUCCAGUAAACUUUGGUGAUAAAUCCAGUCUUUCCUCUGGUAUAAGUUCAGCAUUUGUGUCGCAGAGAUCCCAAAAAACACCUGGAAAGUCAAGUUCAAAAAGAAGUUCUGGAGUGGAGUCUCUUGGCUCAAUCCCUGAGUUUGAUUGAGAAAUUGGUUCGGAUUAAGAAACAUACAGUUUAACAUUGUGUAGUAAUGUGCGGUAAAAGCAACAAUCAUUUUAUAUACAGAAACAAUAAUUAAUACUAAGUUUGAAAGUGAAAUCUACAUGAUUAUCAUGCCAGAGUGUGUGUAUGGUCACGUGAUGUACAUUUUAAGCAAUAUAUUGUGGAUAGAGACCUUUUCAGAAAUGCGAGAUGAAAUGUCAGUGUGGAUGUGGACUGUGUGGCUGAGGUUAUUCCCUAGAGCAAGGCACUGAACACCCAACUGCUCCACGGGCAGCCCACUGCUCUGGGUGUGUUCACAGGUGUCAUUUAUGGAUAAAAAGUCUGCUAAACGCAUAAAUGUAAAUGUUUAAAAGCAAAAACGGGCCUGAGUUCAGAUCCCCGUAGCUUUUUUUUUUCAAUGGCAAACAAAUAGGCUGAGGUUGAUUACCAGCAAUAAUUAUGGCCAAUGAAAAACAUAACAGUGUAAUACGGAAUAGGCAAGCAGCAAACAUUCACAGGUACAGCCCAUGAAGACAACUCAAAAAGAAACAGACAACGGUGAGGAAUAUCAGCCAGAACAAAACAUCACUUUGCAAAGAGAGUGUGUUUGUGCACUGUUUGAAUAGUCCAGGAAUUACAAUGACAAUGUAUUGUACAUACAAUAUUUUAAUUAUAGAAUUACUGUACAUACAGUUUGUUUGUAUAUUUGUAUUCCCUAUUGUUAUUUGAAAAUUAUUUUAUUAUCUAUGUUUUUUGUCAUGUCAGUGUCAUUCUGUUGCACUGUAAGCUUCAGUCACAAAAACAAAUUCCUUAUAUGUGUAAACAUACCUGGCAAUAAAGAAAAACGGGGAACAAAAAGUCAAUACUCUCCUAAGACUGCUGCCCCCGCGAUAU